AUGUCGUCGUCUGCGGAUAUAGUCAAGAGGCUACUGGCACCUCGCGCCGUUUCAAGCUCGGCAUCACCGCAGGUGCAGUCGGAAGAGACGGAGCAAAAGGUCCUUGAGAUCAUCGCGCACUUUAGCGAGGAGGGGUAUGACCUGCCUGUUACUUCUGGCCCAGAGGGGGACGCGGAAGCGAGGGCGCCUUUGUCGGAGAGGGAGAUGAUAUUCUUGUCGAGAGAAGGGAUCCUCCGUUUCCUGCUUGCUGUGAAGGGAGACGUGACGGCCGCGAUUGCCCGACUGGAGAAGACGCUCAUAUGGCGCCGCACGGAGAAUGUUGAGGAUCUCCAAGCGAUGUCCGAUAGCUGUGAACCAGAGGCCACGACAGGCAAGAAUAUCGUCCUUGGCUACACGAAACACAGUCGGCCUAUAAUAUACUUCUUCCCGAAUAGGAAUACUACGCCGGUUGAAAGACGGCGAGCUAUACAUGCUAUCUUCAUGCUCGAGCGGGCUGCAGAUCUGAUGACUGGCGGAGUCGGCGACACAAUGGUCGUCUUCAGCUUCAUAGGCAAGCGGUCCGGUCAACCCACAAGCAUAUCAGUCGCCCGCGAAACCCUACACAUCCUCUCCGAAUACUAUCCCGAAAAGCUCCACACGUCGCACUUCCUCGCUAUGCCCUGGGUCGUCAAGGCAUUCGUGAACCUCAUGUGGCCGUUCGUCGAUGCGAAUACAAAGAAGAAGGUGCGGUUCGGGGAGGAUAUAGUAGCGUCGGGAGAGGUAGAUCCGGGAGAGUUGUUGAAGGAGUGCGGAGGGGAUCUUGAGUCGCCAUAUGACCACCAGUCUUACUGGUCCACUAUGAUAGACGCAUGUAAGGAACGGCGGGAAGAUCAGCUGAGACGGUGGAGAGCGCUAGGCGAGCCUCAAGUCGGGCGAGGAGAGAGGCUGUUCAAGGUCGCCCCCGAGUAG